CCGGAGUCAUCUUCGACUUCAUCUCUUUCCAAAUCCCGAAUUGCCGGGGGAUGACAGUCUAUAAGAAAGACUUAAUUUCCAGUGCUGGUAUCCCCAGAUAGUCAUCCUUUCCACAUCAUUCUUAAUCUCAAUAGCAUUCUCUUCAUUCUCUCUAGACAUCAUGUCUCUCCCUGAUACCCAAUGGGCCCAAGUGAUCGAACAGAAAGGCGGCCCAGUCGUCUACAAGCAGAUUCCAGUCCCCAAACCAGGCCCUGACGAGGUCCUAGUCAAAAUCAAAUACACGGGUGUCUGCCACACAGACCUGCACGCCAUGAGAGGUGACUGGCCUCUCGCGCUGAAAUUGCCUCUGGUGGGUGGCCAUGAAGGCGCCGGUGUGGUCGUGGCCAAGGGUGAUCUUGUCAACUCCAUCGAAAUUGGCGACCAUGCUGGUGUCAAGUGGUUGAAUGGGUCAUGUCUGGCUUGCGAAUUCUGUAAACAAUCGGAUGAAUCCCUCUGCCCCGAUGCUUUGCUCUCUGGGUACACUGUCGACGGUACCUUCCAGCAAUACUGCAUCGCCAAGGCAGCUCACGUCUCCAUUCUCCCCAAGAACGUCGCCAUGAAUGCUGUCGCUCCAAUCCUUUGUGCCGGCAUAACAGUCUACAAAGGCUUGAAGGAGUCUCAAGCCCGGCCGGGCCAAACCGUCGCCAUUGUCGGCGCAGGAGGUGGCUUGGGCUCUCUCGCACAGCAAUACGCAAAGGCCAUGGGGCUGCGCGUUAUUGCCAUUGACGGGGGAGAAGAAAAGAAAGCCAUGUGUGAGCAGCUCGGCGCAGAGGCAUACAUCGACUUUCACACAUCCAAAGACCUAGUCGAGGACGUCAAGGCCGCAUCCCCAGAAGGCCUGGGUGCCCAUGCUGUCCUUCUUCUCGCUGCGUCCGAAAAGCCCUUCCAACAGGCUACGGGAUAUGUUCGUUCGCGGGGGACCAUUGUCGCCAUUGGUCUACCGGCCGAUGCAUACCUGAAAUCACCCGUUUUCAACACGGUAGUCCGCAUGAUUACCAUCAAAGGAAGUUACGUCGGAAAUCGACAGGAUGGAGUGGAGGCGGUUGACUUCUUUGCGAGGGGACUCAUCAAUGCCCCGUUUAAGACGGCCCCGUUGAAGGAUCUUCCUCGUAUUUUCGAAUUAAUGGGUUCGUUUUCCCUCUCUUGCCCCUCCUUUGUCUGUAUUUGAAACAUGCACGCUGACUGCACACAAAGAACAAGGAAAAAUUGCCGGUCGAUACGUCCUAGAGGUUCCUCAGUAGAACUCAAUUCCCAACAAAAC